AUGCUUCAACGUUCAUUUGAUCGAGUGGAGAUGGUGACGGUUAUCUACAAGAUUGCAGAAACUGUUAGAGGUCACGACCCUGAGACAGAGAAGGACAACUGUGACACAGAGAGACACCUAGAAGAACAACACACAGGAGGAGACACUGCAUGGAUCAGGUGUUGCAGACUGACUGCAGUGUGGUUGGUGCUGCUUCUGUUAGUUUCCUUGCUGACUGCCGUCACAGUUCUGUGGAUCAAAUUCAGCAUUCUGACUAAAGACAGAGACCAGUUACAGUCCAGUUACAAUAACCUGACUAAAGACAGAGACCAGUUACAGUCCAGUUACAAUAACCUGACUAAAGACAGAGACCAGUUACAGUCCAGUUACAAUAACCUGACUAAAGACAGAGACCAGUUACAGUCCAGUUACAAUGACCUGACUAAAGACAGAGACCAGUUACAUACCAGUUACAAUAAACUGACUAAAGAGAGAGACCAGUUACAGACCAGUUACAAUAAACUGACUAAAGACAGAGACCAAGACCAGAUACAGACCAGUUACAAUAACCUGACUAAAGACAGAGACCAGUUACAGUCCAGUUACAAUAACCUGACUAAAGACAGAGACCAGUUACAGACCAGUUACAAUAACCUGACUAAAGACAGAGACCAGGUAAACAGAAGUGUUUCAGUUUUAGUUCCAGUUUUUAUGUCUAAUGAGACGAAGAACUGUGAGGAGAGCAGAAAAGAGUGCAAGGCCAAAGGAGCAGACCUGAUGAUCAUAAACAGCAAAGAGGAACAGGAGCUGAAGGCCCCAACAGUCAGCAAGGAGCAUCAUGCAAGACUUCAGAGUCUGGAUGUCCCAAAAGCACACGAGAGCAACUCCAGUUCUUCUAAAGAGAAACACUCAAGUUUCCCGUCUCCGAGCUCUUUCAAGGACAUUAUCCCUGAUAUAUCACCCACAGUGACCACCACCACACACUCAAUGCCUGCUGAAGUUAGCUCACCACAAUCCACUGAGGUGGAUGAGUCUUUAUCAAUGUCCUUUGAGCAGGUGCUUCCUACGGUGAGUGAAUCCACGAACGAGGACGAGACGUCCUACUCUAAUGGACACUAUGGAGAUCCUGGCAUUAAAGUAGGCAUGUCUUUAUCUUUGAAGAUGGCCAACUAUGAACUCUCUGCCUGGCCCAAGAUGGUCAUUUCCGGGCCUCCUGAACUCUGCCUGGCCUGA